UUUUACGGGUGCUACCUGUACCCAAUGGAGAAGAGUUAUGUAAAGCUACCUGCUUAGUUCUAUAUAAACCAAUGCAUGGACACCUUCAAAUCAGUCUGCUGCAAGAGCGUCAUCCUAUCAGUUCACCCAAAACGAAACAUUUUACUUCAACAUGACAAACAUCGUGUCAGUAUCAACUAACGAGAACUCCUCAGUUGGCCAAAUCUCUGGAGCCAACAAAAGUACGAUGUCACCCACUGAAAUAUCCAUUGAGCAAUUGCCGAACCUCGCAUCGAACUGGUCAACUUUUCUUAGAGAUAUUACCAACGAUCGAAGGCUGCGAGCUGAGCGUAUUAAUCGGCAGUCGGAAAAUGUCAUCCAAUUUAUAAAUAGAUUUCCCCUUCUGGAAUCUUCCUGAAAAUCCCGCCAGAGGUGAAAAUAAUAUUAUCACCACAAACUGACCUGUAUUAAAAUUAUGUAUAAUUAGAUUAAUGUAAAACCAAAUUUUAUAGAAUAAAUAGCUGAAUAAUAAUUACA